UUCAAUUGUUUUAGGCCUAUAGAAUCAAUGUUAUGCAACGUAUUUUUUCUGUCGAUUAGUGGAGUGUUAUGUUUUAUUAAGAUAUAUCAAUAUAAUGCACCCGUAUUAUUACUAGUAUACUGGCGUGCCAGUAUAGGCCUAUAGCAUGCGUCAGUUCUUUUAUGUCCAUUACUAAAAUUGAAGGGGUCUCGUUCUUAAAGAUGCAAGAUCUUGUGAAUUACCUCAUUAAAAAUGGGAUGUGUGUUGUACUAUGUUAUUGUAUGUGCCAGCAAAGACAAAAUUUGACAUUAGCACCAACAUUAAGUUGGUACUAGAAGAUGGAUGCAUAAUUGAUGAUGAAGAAGCGUUCCAAAUGCUUCAGGGUAGCAUUAGUGAGGUGUUUUGUCUCAAAGAAGGUGAAAGUCUGUCCUUUGCAGGACCAUCCUCUCAGUCUUCCCCAUCAGCUGGUAAUACAAGCCAUCUCUUGCACCUAGUGCAACGCAUAAGAAAUAAACAAACUUCAUUACACAGUCAGCCAAAGCGCCGUAAAAGUACCAUUAAUUUAAAUUUUGGGUGGAUGGUGUUUGAUGAAACAAGUUCAAAAUUUUGUCAGAUUCGCAGUCCACGGGGAGGAGGAACAAGAAUCAUGGAGAUGAGACUAAACUCAACUUAUGAUGAUCUUCUGGAAAUAGGAAAAAGCACCUUUUUCCCAAACGGCGUAUCGCAUCUUGGUAUAGUAGAAGAGUAUAACCACGAAGUUGGUGACUUUUGUGGGAAAGCUAUAACAGCACAAGCAGAAAAUUUCACAUUGGAGAACUAUGUCCUUAACCUUAAAAUGACCACCAAACCAAGACUCUAUCUUCUGUCAAAGAAGAAAGUGCAAGAGCAGGAGGAAGAGAGUAAUGAGUCUUGGGAACUACCAGACAUACCAGAGAUUAUAUCUAAUCAUCCAACACUUGAAGAACCAGAUAUCCCUGCGAUUCCUGAUCACCUACUCACUGAACAAGCAUCUGGUGAUAUGGCACAAGCAAUAGCCUCACCUGUUACUAUUAGAAUGCCUCAGAUGCCCACAUGCACAGUUUGUACAGAGAGAUUCUCCGAUACAUUUUUCAUCCCGUGUGGACAUAUCGCUUGCACCGUUUGUGCAGCAGAAUUGGAAGAGAGAGGACAGCAAUGUCACAUCUGCAGAGGAAUUUUCACCUCAACCUCUAAACUGUAUUUUUGAGAUGUAUACAAAACCAGUAUUUCUGUACUAGACACUUAGUAUGUUCAUAUGCUAAGUAAUUUGCAACUUUUCUUUUGAAAACUAGAGUAUAUAUCGGUAGAAAAAACUACUGAGCUGUUGGCCAUGGUUUAUGGACGAUUUCUUUUUUUUAAAUUGAUCAAUAUUAUUCUUAAUUUUGCCUAUUACAUGUAUUAACACAUAUUCUUUUUAAUUUAAGGUUUUGUGCAGUAGUAGGCAACUAUUGUAUUUAUAGAGUGAGGACAAACUUUUUUCCACUUUUAAUUCAUUGUCAGAAAAAAAACCUCUGGCAUGUUUUUUAAAAAUUGUGAAUUCAUAACCCUGACCAAUAUUAGGGGAUAUCAUAUGUAGGUUACAUGAUGAAAAUAAACAUUCCUAGGGUUGUUGUUUAUUUUUUCCAUACAUAUUGAAGAAAAUUGUACUGAUGGUCAGGAAGAGACAUGUUUCAAUAAAAAUUGUAUAAU